AUGGCCCCGAGGUCCCCACCCCACUUCUCCGCUCCUUUCCUCAUCUCCGCAAGCAGCAGCCGACCAGCAACCGCCGACCAGGUCCGAGGGUCAGACCAGAUGCCCCUGGGGUAACCCCACCCCACCCCACCGCUCCCUUUCCUCAUCUCCGCGAGCAGCCGCCGACCAGCAACAGGAGCAGCAGCGCCUUCAAGGACACGCGCGGCCCCGCCGGCCGCGAGCAGGGGAGGCGGGCGGGCGAGCGCGGGGGGCGUCCGGGGCAUGCGGGGGGCGGAGGGGCGGCCGGCGCUGGCCGCAGCCCGGGAGGCCGCGGGGCUGGGCGGCGGCGGGGGGCCGGAGGAUGAGCCGGCCGGCCGGGAGGGCGAGGAGGGCGAGGCGGGCGGCUGCUGCAGCAGCGAGCGGCUGGUGAUCAACAUCUCCGGGCUGCGCUUCGAGACGCAGCUGCGCACGCUGGCCGCCUUCCCGGACACCCUGCUGGGCGACCCGGGCCGCCGCGUGCGCUACUUCGACCCCCUGCGCAACGAGUACUUCUUCGACCGCAACCGGCCCAGCUUCGACGCCAUCCUCUACUACUACCAGUCCGGGGGGCGGCUGCGCCGGCCCGUCCACGUGCCCUUGGACAUCUUCCUGGAGGAGCUCCGCUUCUACCAGCUGGGCCAGGAGGCCAUCGAGAGCUUCCGCGAGGACGAGGGCUUCAUCCAGGAGGAGGAGAGGCCCCUGCCCCGCCCCCUCUUCCAGCGCCAGGUGUGGCUCCUCUUCGAGUACCCCGAGAGCUCCGGCCCGGCCCGGGGCAUCGCCAUCGUCUCCGUCCUCGUCAUCCUCAUCUCCAUCGUCAUCUUCUGCCUGGAGACCCUGCCCGAGUUCCGCCAGGAGAGCAAGGGGCCCUCCGGGAGCUUCCGGGACGGGCCCCCGGCGGGCUUCCGGCAGGACUUCCCGGACGAGGACCCGCUCAUCUCGCUGCCGCAGGCCCCGGAGGCGGGGACCCUGCCGCCCGCCUUGCCCCAAGCGAGCGCUAGCCCCUUCUUCACGGACCCCUUCUUCCUCAUCGAGACCCUCUGCAUCAUCUGGUUCUCCUUCGAGCUGCUGGUGCGCUUCUUCGCCUGCCCCAGCAAGCCCGAGUUCUCCAGGAACAUCAUGAACAUCAUCGACAUCGUGGCCAUCAUCCCCUACUUCAUCACCUUGGGCACGGAGCUGGCCCAGGAGCAGCAGCAGAAGGAGCAGCCCGGCAGCUCCAGCAACGGGGGCCAGCAGCAGGCCAUGUCCUUGGCCAUCCUCCGGGUCAUCCGCCUGGUCAGGGUCUUCCGCAUCUUCAAGCUCUCCCGGCAUUCCAAGGGGCUGCAGAUCCUGGGGAAGACCCUCCAGGCCAGCAUGCGGGAACUGGGGCUCCUCAUCUUCUUCCUCUUCAUCGGGGUGAUCCUCUUCUCCAGCGCCGUCUAUUUCGCCGAGACCGACGACCCGGAUUCCUUGUUCACGAGCAUCCCGGAUGCUUUUUGGUGGGCGGUCGUGUCCAUGACCACGGUGGGCUACGGGGACAUGUACCCCAUGACCAUCGGGGGCAAGAUCGUCGGGUCGUUGUGCGCCAUCGCGGGCGUGCUCACCAUCGCCUUGCCGGUGCCCGUCAUCGUGUCCAACUUCAACUACUUCUACCACCGAGAAACGGACCAGGAGGAGCAGGCCCAGUACACUCACGUCACCUGCGGCCAACAACAGUCGCCUUUCUCGGAGCCCAGGAAAGGGGAGAGCAGCCCGUCGCUCAGCAAGUCUGACUUUCUGGAGGCGGAAGACUUGGAAUCGAUGAAAUAUUCCAACUUCAUUCCAGCAGGCAACCAGGCGUAUAAGGAGAACAAAUUGCUAACGGAAGUUUGA